GCUCGUGUGGGCUCCGCUCUCAAGGGGAACUUCACACUGGAGAGCCAGAAGGAGUGGAAGAGCCUGUCUUGGAGAUUUUCCCAGGGAAACCCUGAGAUCAUUCAUUAUGAAGUGUACCACGUGGGAGUGGCUCAGAGUGACCACAGUGCUGCUAUUCAUGGCUAAAGCAGUUCCAGCCAUGGUCGUUCCUAAUGCCACUUUAUUGGAAAAACUUUUGGAAAAGUACAUGGAUGAGGAUGGUGAGUGGUGGACGGCCAAGCAAAGAGGGAAAAGGGCCAUCACAGACAAUGACAUGCAGAGUAUCUUGGACCUUCAUAAUAAAUUACGAAGUCAGGUGUACCCAACGGCAUCUAACAUGGAGUAUAUGACGUGGGAUGUCGAGCUGGAGAGGUCUGCAGAGUCCUGGGCUGAAACUUGUUUGUGGGAACAUGGGCCUGCAAGCUUGCUUCCAUCGAUUGGACAGAAUUUGGGAGCACAUUGGGGAAGAUAUAGGCCUCCAACAUUUCAUGUCCAAGCAUGGUAUGAUGAAGUGAGAGACUUCACCUACCCAUAUGAACAUGAAUGCAACCCGUAUUGCCCAUUCAGAUGUUCUGGUCCUGUAUGUACUCAUUAUACACAGGUGGUGUGGGCAACAAGCAGCAGAAUAGGCUGUGCCAUUAAUUUGUGCCAUAACAUGAACAUCUGGGGCCAGAUAUGGCCCAAAGCUGUCUACUUGGUGUGCAAUUAUUCCCCAAAGGGGAACUGGUGGGGCCACGCCCCCUACAAACACGGAAGGCCCUGUUCAGCUUGCCCACCCAGCUUUGGAGGAGGCUGUCGGGAAAAUCUGUGCUACAAAGAAGGAUCAGACAGGUACUACACUCCCCGUGAAGAGGAAACCAAUGAAAUUGAACGGCAGCAGUCACAAGUCCAUGACACCCACGUUCGGGCAAGAGCGGAUGAUAGUAACACAAAUGAAGUUGUAAGCACGCAGCAAAUGUCCCAAAUUGUUUCUUGUGAAGUAAGAUUAAGAGAUCAGUGCAAAGGAACAACUUGCAAUCGAUAUGAAUGCCCUGCUGGCUGUGUGGAUAGUAAAGCUAAAGUUGUUGGCAGUGUAUAUUAUGAAAUGCAAUCCAGUAUUUGUAAAGCUGCAAUUCAUUAUGGUAUAAUAGACAAUGAUGGCGGUUGGGUAGAUAUCACUAGACAAGGAAGAAAACAUUAUUUCAUCAAAUCCAAUAGAAAUGGUAUUCAAACAAUCGGCAAAUACCAGUCUGCUAAUUCCUUCACAGUCUCUAAAGUAACAGUUCAGGCUGUCACCUGUGAGACCACGGUGGAACAGCUCUGUCCGUUUCAUAAACCGGCUUCCCACUGCCCAAGAGUAUACUGCCCUCGUAACUGUAUGCAGGCAAAUCCACAUUAUGCUCGUGUGAUUGGAACUCGGGUUUAUUCUGAUCUGUCCAGCAUCUGCAGAGCAGCGGUCCAUGCCGGGGUGGUUCGCAAUCACGGUGGUUAUGUGGACGUUAUGCCCGUGGACCGAAGAAAGGCUUACACUGCUUCUUUUCAGAAUGGAAUCUUCUCAGAAAGUUUACAGAAUCCUCCAGGAGGAAAGGCAUUUAGAGUAUUUGCUGUUGUGUGAGAUGGAACACCUGGAAGAGGAGCGUGAAGACUAUCCCAAAUGCCAUAUUUCUGAAGUGUAUAAAACUGUAACAUUACUGUACAGAAGGUCGCAACUAUUUUCAGCUGCCCCCCCCCCCAAAAAAAUGCCAAAUGCAUAUAAAUCUUGAUACACAAAGUCUGUAAAAUAAAACAUGGGACAUUAUUAGCUUUGGAAAAAGUAAUGGAUAUGUAAUGGUUUUAGAAAUCCUGUGUUAAAUAUUGCUAUAUUUUCUUAGCAGUUAUUUCUACAGUUAAUUACAUAGUCAUGGUUGUUCUACAUUUUAUAUGUUAUAUUAUAUGGUGCUUUGUAUAUGCCACUAAUAACAUGAAUCUAAGCAUUGAAUGUGAAUGGCCCUCAGACAAUCAUCUGGUACAUUUAAAAACAAUAGUGACAAAAAUAAUAACUCUAAAAUGAAAGAAACGGUGUUAUUACAUUUCUCCCCAGUUUAAUACUAAGACAUUACCUACUCCAAAUAAUCUCAAAAUAUUUCCACUUAGUAUCUGUAUAGUUUUUUUCUUCUGUUAAGUUUAGGCAUAUAGGAUAUUAAGUCCUGGUGCUGUACUUCUUGUUUGUAUUAAAAAAAUUCCUUAAUAUCCACAUAAAUCUGUUGGACUGUUUGAUUCCCUGGGAAUGGCUUUUGUAGUAAAUGCAAUGAAGUCAGAGCGAUGGUGGAAAACAUUCCUUGUGGUCACACAGUUAACAAAGGGGUAAGCAUGGGUAGCCAGAGCUUUUUGUGUGUUGUUCUCACUGACGUCAUAUUUUCUUUUGUAUCCUGGCAAAUACUCCUGCGGGCCAGGAAGUAUCAUAGCAAAACGUUGAACAAAGAUGAACUAAUGUAUUGUAUCACCAUUGCCACUGAUUUUCCUAAUGGUACAUGGCUGUGUGUAUAAAUGUUGCCAUACUAUGGUGCCUAUAAUGGUGAUAUAUUUGUUUCUAUGAAAAAUGUAUUGUGCUUUGAGACUAAAAAUCUGUAAAAUGUUAAUUUUGGUAUUUUUUUUCUGCUGGUGAAUUUAUUCUUUCCCUGUAUACAUAUUAAAAUAAUCAUGUUUCAAACUAUUGUUUU